AAUAGGAAAUUGCCUGAAGCGCUUGAGCAAUGGUUUUAUUUUCUCUUUCCCUUUCACUUGUUGUUUGAUGCUUCUCGGGGCAGAGCAUCGAUUCCACAUCUUCGCUAUGGAUAUAAAGAGCGCAUGGCAUAUGGCAUAUGGUCAAAUAGCACGUACUCCGCGAUAAACAUUGGCAUAGCGGAUCUUAGCUAGUAGAAACUAUGUAAUGAAUUAAAUGAGAAACGAAUAUUAUUUUUUUACUUCAUUGUCUUGUAUCUUCUCUGUCCUCUGUUUCGUGUCUUCCUUUUUUUAUCUUGUCUUCUCCUCUCUCGUUCUUUUUUUUUUUUUUUUUCUUACCGGUCUAUUUUAUCUCAAAUUUUUUUGUUGGGUUUUUCUCCGCUCCUUUUGUUCUUUUUACCUUCCCCGUCUAUUUUAUCCUAUUUUAUCCUAUUUAUUUUCUUUCUCUUUUCUCCCUAUUUUAUUCUUCUUUGCUUUCUCUCUCUCUCUCUCUCUCUGUGUGUGUGUGUGUCUGUGUGUUUUACAUCCCUUCUACUUUCUUUUUUUUCCCUCCCUAUUUUGUUCUUAUUGUUACUCUUAUAUAUAUUGUUACAAGUCAUAGACUCAUGCCAUGAGUCAAUGAGUUGGUAAGUCCUUGAGUCUGUAAGUCUGUAACUCUGUAACUCUAUAAGUCCAUGACCAACUAGUUCUAAAUAAAAGAAGAAGUAGAGACCAAGAAGAGAUGUCAAGACAGGACAAGAAAAGAAAAUCAUAAU